AUGAAGAUCCUCCUCAUCUUCUUCACUUUCUACCUGAUCUCAGGUGCAGUGAAAGGCAUUGAUGUGUCUGGAUAUUCUGGAGGAAGUGUUCUUGUUGAUUCUGGGAAACUCUGGUUCAGUGACUCUGCUAAAGUGGGCGUGUCUAGUGUGAGUGGCUUCUCUGGAGGUCGUCUGAUGAUCAAGUGUGAACAUCCUCAAUACAAAACCAAACCAAAAUACAUCUGUAAAGAAUCAGACGGAUGUUCAGAGAGGAAGAGUCCAGGAGUUCGGGGGUCAUUCCACAAAAUCGGGACACCAAAGGCACAGAUUUCAAGGGAUGACCCUUGGGAGGAAUGGAUAGAGAAUGGAGAUGUUUCUUUAUAUGACGACACCAGAGCAGGAGUCUUGAUGGUGUUUUUUAGAGAGCUGAAAGCUGCAGAUGCAGGAACAUACAGGUGUGGAGUGAAAGUAUCUGACUAUACUGAGAGAUUCACUGAACUACAGCUGAGCCUCAGACACGAUACAAAAUAUCCAAUGGUUGUGAAUAAAACUGCAUUUAUUGGCGAAGUUCACAUCACCUGUCAGAUCCCAGAGAAACAUAAAGUUCAUUUCUGUAAAGAGGAUGAUAAUCACAUCUGCCAGAACAUCAGCUCAUCUAAAGUGACAGAAAUGAGUGGUUCAUCAGAGAGAAAUGAAGAGAGAGUUGUUACAGUGAGCAUCAGUAAUGUGAGUGUGAGAGAUGCUGGAGUUUACUGGUGUGGAGCAGAAACCAGAGACACAGAUCUGACUUUCAUCUCCCUGAACACUCAGAUUCAGCUCAACCUCAUCAUGCCUCCAGUAGUGAGACGUGAAGGGGAAUCUGCUGAGAUCUUCUGUCCUUAUGAUUCAAUCUAUAAAUCAAAGCCAAAGUCUCUCUGUAAGGGGAAGUGCUCCACUAGAGACAGAAAUCCUCUCAGUGAGACUGUGAGAGAAGAGAAAGAGACCAAGACUGACAGAUUGACUCUGAAAGAUAACGUCACUGCAAGUGUCUUCACUGGGACCAUCACUGCACUGACAGCAGAGGAUGCUGGGAAAUACUGGUGUGCAGUGACAUUAGAAACAGAGCUCAAUUAUCUUCACACUCAUCUGAUGGUCAUCAUGAACGAGGAGCUGAACUUGACUAAGUAUGAAGGAGACGACGUGUCAAUCCAGUGCAAACAUCAGGAUGAAGAUCAGAAAAGCUUCUGCAAAGCACAUGAAGCCUCCAUGUGUGUGAAGGAUGGAGUUUCAUUGGAGACGAUCAGAGAUGAUCGAUUCUCUUUCAGUGAUGAAGCAUCUGCUGGAGUCUUUACUGUGAACAUCACUGAUCUGAGAGAAGAGGAUUCUGGGAUAUACUGGUGUGGAGAUCACGUCACCACUAAAGUCAGACUCACUGUUAAAAAGGAUUUCUCCAGGAUCAUCAUUAUUAUCAUCAUUAUUAGUGUGUGUGUGAUUCUGCUGCUGAUCGCUGGAUUCACUCUGACUGUCUGCAAAUUAAGACACAAGAGACGAGGCGACGCUCACUCACAGUUACCCACAAUCCCCUCUGAUGGGCUCCUGUACACUGCUGUCAGUUUCCAGAAGCAUGAAGAGUCUCUCAGUGAAGAUACAGUCAGAUUCAGUAAGAAUGAGAUUCACUCUGAUUACACCGUAGUCAUUUACCACAUGAGACUCAACUAA